AACGACCAGACAUAAAGUUAGAAUUUGAAAGGCAACCUAGGACUACCUAAAAUUCACACUUUCACUCCUCACUUCUGCAUAUAAUAGUUCCUCUCAUCACCAAAACCCUUUUCUCUCUCUGUUUCUUCAAUGGAGGAGGGGACCUCAGAAGCCCAAAACUAUCUCUACGAAACCCUGAGUCCGCUCUCUUACUCAACCACCACCACCACCGCCUACCAAUCCCCACCGUCUGACGAUGAAGCCAAGCCCUACUGCGUCUUCCGCAACGAAAUCUCUCUUUCCGUACUCAAUCCCGACUCUCAUCAGACUGCCGCACAGGAUUUCUUCUCCCUUGAUGUCGGUGGCGCUGCCGAGCCAAGUGCAUCUACGCCGGCGCGUGACCCGAAGACGCCAGCUCGCGAAGCCGCCACGCCGAGACUCGAGACUGCUUGGUUCCGUGGGAAUUGUACUUUCAAAAGCCCCAUGCUUAAGCUCCAUAAAGAGAUUGUGGAUUUUUGCGACUUUCUAUCUCCAACACCAGAAGAGCAAGCUGCUCGUAAUACAGCAGUAGAACGUGUCUUUGAUGUUGUCAAACAUAUAUGGCCCCACUCGAAGGUAGAAGUUUUUGGAUCAUUCAAGACAGGGCUCUAUCUUCCAUCUAGUGAUAUUGAUGUUGUGAUUCUGGGGUCAGGUCUUCAAAUCCCACAAAAAGGUUUGGUGGCUCUUUCUAGGGCAUUGUCACAGAGGGGCCUGGCAAAAAAUAUACAGGUUAUUGGGAAGGCUCGUGUGCCAAUUGUCAAAUUUGUUGAAAAGAAAAGUGGUGUCGCAUUUGAUAUAAGUUUUGAUGUGCAAAAUGGACCUUUAGCUGCUGUAUUUAUUAAGGAUGCCUUGUCAAAGUGUCCUCCGUUAAGGCCGUUGUGUUUGAUCUUGAAAGUAUUUUUGCAACAACGGGAACUGAAUGAGGUAUAUUCUGGAGGAAUAGGUUCUUAUGCACUCCUUGCUAUGCUCAUGGCAAUGUUGCAGUCUCUCCCCAAGUCCCAAGCUGCUCCAGAACACAACUUGGGAAUCCUUUUGGUACACUUUUUUGAUUUCUAUGGUCGCAAAUUGAACACUUCAGAUGUUGGUGUAUCUUGCAAAGGGGCAGAAACCUUUUUCUUGAAGAGUAACAAAGGGUUCACAAAUAAAGGACGGCCAUUUCUACUUGCAAUUGAGGACCCACAGGCACCUGAGAAUGAUAUUGGGAAGAACUCCUUUAACUACUUCCAGAUUCGAUCGGCUUUUGCAAUGGCUUUCACAACAUUGACAAAUCCUAAGAUCAUCAUGGACCUAGGCCCUAACAGAAGCAUUCUUGGUACUAUAAUUAGACCAGACCCUGUCUUGCUGGAGCGCAAAGGAGGGUCUAAUGGGGAUGUAACCUUUAACAGUCUGCUUCCUGGAGCUGGCGAGCCAUUACAACACCAAUAUGGAGAGCAGCAAGAGAUUUUGUGCAAUUGGCAAUUAGGUGAUGAAGAAGAACCACUGCCACGGGGAAAUUACAUGGCUGGGGAAAGUUCACGUUCCUCAGGAAAGAAGAGGAAAGCUUCUUCAAAAGAGAAGACUAAUAAGAAGGCAAAAGAGAAUGGGGGCGAAUUGGGGAAGGUCAGAUAUGAAGAAAAUGGCUUAAGGAAAGAGAAAGGGGUGAAGAAGAAACGUUGGAGGCAUAACCGUGAUUUGUCUCAUUCUGUCGUUGGUAGGAGCUCCAAUGGUUAUGGCCAUUAUGUUGGUGGGUCUCCAUGGAGUAGAUAGAAAUUUUUUUCAUGCUUUUAUCUCUGGAAGGUCCUGCAAAAUCUGGUUUUUACAUCCACUGCAAGUGGUUCAUUGCAAUCCUCCAAAUGUUUGAGGAGCUGUGAAUGUCAAUUAGUUGACUUUUGCGGCAACUGUAGAGAACACAACAUCAACACUAUUGGGGCUGAACUCAAGGAUGAAUUCAUGUCCGCCGCAGUCAAAGGUGCAAACUGAGCCUGUAGCUAUUCUGUAUUAUGGGCUAAUCCUGUCACCUGGACAAAGUUGACAUCAAAUGAUGGAAUUUGAUGGAAGUCUGUGUAACUGUUAAACAGUUUCAGUAAUGUAAUAUGUGCUGUUAAAUAAUAAACUCUUUCAUUUUAUUUCUGCUAAAAAACUGGUGUAAUGGAGAGACGUUGAACCUUGGGGAGAUGGAAAUAUUUUCCUUCCCAAGCGAAAUGGGGGCAAGAAUGCUGAUUAAUCACC